UGCUCUUCUUCUUCCCACUGCAGCCACCCGAAGAAAAAAAAAGGGAAACCCAGCCAUGCCUUUGAGAAACCGGCGAGAUAAGCUUGGUUUUCUCCUUCCUUUCUUGCUCUAGAACACACCUAGAACCCAGAAAUCUUCCCCCCCCUGCUGGAAAAGCCGGAUCUGCCCUGCUCUGCUUUGUCCUUCCGCCAGCUGCUCUUGAUUGUGGGUGAUUUCUGGGCCUUUUUUUGGUAAGAACAGCCCCUAAUUCCUUUGUUCUUGCUUGAAUUGGCUUGGGUUAACUUUGAUUGCUCUUAUUUCCUCCAAUUUUGGGUAGUUCCGUGAGUUUCUCCCCUGCACUGCCGCCGGCUUCUUCCCCCUGCUAGGUCCGGUUCCUUGCUUGUAAAUUCUGGUUCUUGAUCGUCUUGUCAGUUUAGUAUGUGAAUUGAGUGCUCGGUUUUAUGCGAGUGAGGUAAGUAAAUUUAUGGUAAUGCCCAUACUGUUUUAAAAGCAUGUUUUGAUUUGUUUUUGAAGUGGUGGCGAGACUAAACCCGUUUUACACAAGUGUGACUGAUUUGACGUGAAAUGUUUUAUGUUUUUCAUUAAAUUGAGCAUGCCUACUUGAAAGUGAUUGUGAAUUGUCCUGAUGAUUUGAAAGUGAUAGUGAAUUGUGAUUUUUCUGUUAACUUUUGCUUGUUUUGUCUCCGAUAUGGUCAUGUUAUUCGUGUGCCUGCUAGUGGGAGGUUUAUAAACGCUAGCACAUGUCGACAUGUUACUGAUAGAACCGGUUCGUUUCUGUUAUCUUGCUAGUGGGAUUAUACACUAGUAAAUUGUGUGCUUGUCAGUGGGAGGUUUAUAACACUGGCCGUGACCUAUAGAGGAGACGUCUAUUUCGUUCCCGUACUGUAUCCGUUUUGCGUGAUUGCACAUGUGGCAUGCUAUAAGUUUAAAUAAGGGGCACUCCAUAUUUUACUUACUGAGUUUAUCUCAUAGUUUUUCUUGUCCACCAUUUCAGGAAGUGAAACCGAGGACGAGGAAACCACGGGAAGUGACGAGUUAGAAGGCUAGCCAUAUUGUAAUUGGAUAUAAAUUUUAGAUAUGAAUCAUGAUCUUGUAUUUGGAGAUUUUAUGAUAUUUGAGAGAAUUUUAUAAUUUGAUCUUCAGAGUUUGGUGGUAUUAGAGUGUGAUGUGAUAAGUUCCGAGCCUUAUGCAUUUGUGGGACCCCUCUCACGAGUGCACGGUGUCUGUCGCGUCUCGAAAUUGGGUUUUGGGGCAUGACAAGUUUAAUAUAACAGGUAAUGUUAU